CCAAUUCAUUCACGGUUCGUUCCAGCAAUCUCUUAACAAUUCACAGAUCCAUUCAAUCAAAAUUUCGCCCUAGAAUUUGAGAAAUGUAUAACGGAAUAGGGCUUCAGACCCCUCGGGGAUCCGGAACCAAUGGCCACAUACAGUCGAACAAGUUCUUCGUGCGCCCCAAGACCAACAAAGUCGUCACAGAUUCGAGCAAGGGCUUCGAAUCGGGCCAAGGAAUGGCCGGCGUGACCCGCAAAGCCAACAAGGAGAUCCUGGAGCACGAUCGGAAGCGUCAGAUUGAGCUCAAACUCAUCGUUUUGGAGGAUAAGCUGACAGAUCAGGGGUAUACCGAUGCCGAGAUCGCUGAGAAGCUCGAUGAGGCGAGGAAGUCUCUCGAAGCCAAGGAUAAAGAAGAUGCUGGUGUUGAAAAUAAGUCGCGAUUUUCGGAAAAAGUUUCGGAAACUCAGACUCAUCAAAUAGCUGCACUGAAGGAGAGGCAGAUGGAAAAUCUGAAGGCUGCACUUGGAAUAGAAUCCGAAGCUGAGAAAGAGCAGAAGCGCAGUGCUGCUGAGGCUCUACAUUUCAAGGAGAAUCUUGAUGAGGGUGAAAUAGUGUCUAUUGAUACUGAUCAGAGGGAAGCAAUACAAAAAGUUGUAAAGAAAAAUGAAUCUGGUAGGAACAAAAAAAAGCGGGCUAAGGAUUCUGAUAGUAGUGAGGGUUCUGAUGUUGAUCUUAGGAAGAGAAAGGGAAAGUCCUCUAAGAAGCAGAAGAGAGUUUCGAGGCGUGACAGUAGUUCAUCCAGUUCAGAGUCUGAUUCCGAUUCUGAUUUGGGUUCCGAGUCUGAUCAUGAUAAGAAAAACAUUAGAGCUCAUGAACGCCACGAUUCUGAUUCUGAUUCUGAUGACAACCAUGUCCCCCCAAAGAGCGGAAAGCAAAAGCCAAAGAAGUCUUCAAAGAGCAAGCGCCAUGAAUCUGAUGACUACUACAGCUCCCCUGGGAGUCCUCAGAGGAGAAAGCAAAAUGAAAAGAAGUCUUCAAAGAACAAACGCCACGAUUCAGAUGAUGACCACAGUUCAGAUGAGAGCCUUGACAGGAGAAAUCAGGAGCUAAAGAAGCAUAUGACGCUGUCAAAGAGCAAGCGGCAUGAUUAUGAUCAUGACAGAGCCCAUGAGAGGAGAAAGAUAGAAGAAAAAAAGCUAUCAAUGACUCAUAACAGAGCACGUGAGAGUCCAGAAAGGAGAAAGAUAGAAGAAAAGAAACUGUCAAUGAACAUGCCGCAGCCAAAAAGCAAGCGACAUGAGGAUGAUCAGUACAGUCCCUCUGAGAGUCCUGAGAGGAGAAAUCAAGAGCAAAAGAAGUCUUCAAAGAGCAGGCGGCAUGAUUCGGAUGAUGAUUACAGUUCUGGAGAGAGUGUUGAGAGGAUAAAGCAAGAGUCAAAGAAGCCGUCUAAGAGCAAGCUGUAUGAUUCUGAUGAUGGCUACAGCUCUGGAGCGAGCCUUGAGAGACAAAAGAAAGAGCAAAAGAAGCCUUUAAAGAGCUCACGACUUGACUCUGAUGACGACUACGACUCUGGUGAGAUCCCUGAUAGGAGAAAGCAAGAGCUAAAGAAGCGAUCAAGUAGCAAGCGGCAUGAUUCUGAUGACGAGUACAGUCAUAAGAAGGGGAAACGUGAUGAUAACCGGAAAAACUAUCAUGAGGGAGCUCGGAAGAAUAGAGAAUCUGACUCAGAUGAUGAACAUAAUCCUCGUGAAGGCCUCAAGAGUAGGAGUGAGAGGGGAUAUGAGCAGAGCAGGCGACAGGGUGAUUCUGAUGAUAAGUUGGAGAAACGCGAGAGAAGCCGAACUGGGAAGGUGAAUCCACUACCUGAUAGUCCUAAGGACCGUCGUUAUGAUAGUAGUAGGAAGCCCAGGAGUGAGAUCCAAGAUAAGUUUGGUGAUAGGUAUGUUAAAGGAAGCGACAGUGACAGAGAAGAUGAAAUUGGUGAUAGGUAUGGUCAAGGAAUCGACAUUGACAGACAAGUUCAAAUUAAUGACAGGUAUGGUCAAGGAAGUGACAGUGAUUCUGACGAAGCACCUAAAAGGAGAAGGGAACGGCAUGAUAGAGAUAAGGAUGAUUUAAGUUCUGGUGGUGGUAGACUAGAUAGAAUCAGUACAAGGGAUGAUGAGUAUAAAACUGGUGAUGCCACUGAAAGAAGUAGAUCUAAUGUUAGAGAGAAGGAUCUUGCAUGUGAUGUUGAUGAUAAACAGAAGGAGAACGAUGAUGGAUUGAAUGCAUUUCGGAAAUUGGAGCAGCUGUAUGAAUCAAAGGGAGAUAGUUCUGGAGAUAGAAGUGAAGGCAUGACUCGUAGUAGGAAUGAGCCUCGGCAUAAGAUUAGGAGAGAUAGUGGGGAGGAUGAAGGUUACUGGCGAAGCCAUGGAAGAGAAAGGGGGGAUGCUGAAGGUCGCCAUGGAAGAAGGCAAGAAAGAGAGAGAGGUGAUGAUGAAGAUUACCAUGGAAGAAAGCAAGAAAGAGAGAAAGUGGAUGAUGAAGAUCGCUACGGAAGAAAGCCUGAAAGAGGGAGAGGGAGAGGGGAUGAUGAAGAUCGCCAUGGAAGAAAGCCAGAAAGAGAGAGGGGGGAUGAUAAAGAUGGCGAUGUCAGAAGACAUGGAGACAUAGAGCCAUACAAGAGGGACCGUGAGCGUCAACGAGAAGAGGAGCACACAAGUAACAAAGAUGAGAGAGGUGGGGAACACGUAUCGAAGAGGGCAAGGUAUGACGAGGGACGCCCUAGUGGAAGGAGAUACCCUGAGGAUGACAGGAGUGAUGAUAGGCGGUCUAGGCGCCGGUGAUUAAUCCACAGGGCUGCUGCUUUCUCCUGCAACUUGAGCGUCUGAUAAUUUCCCGUUACAUUUGCAGUGUGAUGAUAUAAGUACAUGUUACAUGUCAAAACCUCUGGCCUAUGUAUUGUAUGAUUUGCUUAGGACUUGUAAUGAGGAUAUGGUUUAUUUCUUUUGUGUAUGGUUUGUUCAUCUUUUGUUGUGA